AAACGGGUGUCUACAACAACUUUGGAAGAUUUGCAGCUUGAAUAUCUGGAUCUCUGUCUGAUACACUGGUCAGUCUGUUUGAAAAAAGGUUCGGUUGGUGUUAUGCCUGAAAACUUAACUCAACCUGACAUAUCGAGUACCUGGAGAGCAAUGGAGGCACUAUGUGAUUUUAGAAAUGCUAGGGCUAUCGGCGUUAGUAAUUUCAGUACGAAGAAGCUGGGAGAUCUUCUGAAAGUAGCACGCUUAGUUCCUGCUUUCAAUCAAGUUGAACUUCACCCUGUAUGGCAGCAGCCAAAGCUGCAUGAAUAUUGUCGAUCCAAGGGAAUUCACUUGUCUGGAUAUUCGCCAUUGGGUAGCCAAGGUGGAAAUAACAGAAGGGUAAAGGUCCACGAAAACCCAGUUCUCAAGAUAGUGGCAACACAAUUGGGGAAAUCUCUGGCACAAGUGGCUCUCCGUUGGGGACUCCAAAUGGGGCAUAGUGUAGUGCCUAAGAGCAAUGUUGAGUCAAGGAUGAAGGAGAAUCUUGACAUUUUUAGCUGCUCUAUCCCUGAAGAUUUGUUUGCCAAGUUUUCUGAAAUCGAACAGGAGAAGCUAAUUAGAGGCCGUGAAUUUGUCCACCGUACUUGUGGUUCAUAUAGGACCCUUGAAGAACUCUGGGAUGGUGAAAUCUGA